UUUCUCUUCCUCCUCUUCUGCGUUGCUCCGCCGCUCACCACCGCCGCUACAGAUACCGAUUCGCCGACGGCGUACUCUCUCCUCCAAAGCUACAACUUCCCCGUCGGGAUUCUCCCCAAAGGAGUCGUGUCGUACGAUCUGGACGAGUCCACAGGGAAGUUCCACGCGUAUUUCGACAAGUCGUGUACUUUCGCCCUCCAGGAUUCUUCUUACCAGCUGGACUACAAAUCGACGAUCUCCGGCUACAUAUCGGAGAACAAGAUCACGAAGCUCACCGGCGUGAAGGUGAAAGUUCUCUUCUUGUGGCUCAACAUCGUGGAGGUCAUCAGGAACGGUGACGAGCUCGAGUUCUCCGUCGGGAUCACGUCGGCGAACUUCGCGAUCGAGGAGUUUUACGAGUCGCCUCAGUGUGGAUGCGGGUUCGAUUGCGACGGGUUGAAAUCGGAAUCGGAUGAUUCGGGAAGAAACCCUUUUGUCUCUUCGGUUUGAAAGGUGCUUCCUUCUUCAAUCUACUCUAUUAAAAUAGAGUCCUAUUUGAAUUUUACCAUGGCAUGGUUUUAAUUUGGACCUAUUAAAUAUGUUGUGACCAAAUUUAAAAGCAUGCUCAUAUAAACUUUAAAAUCAUGUAUUUUUAUACCUCUACCUAAUAAUAUCCCUAAAAUAAAUAGUGACAUUAUAUA